AUGGUUGAGAAGACGGUAAGUGAUGUAGAACCAGUUUUAAGCUUGUUAAAUGCUCAAGAUCCUCAUGAUGCCUCUACGUGGGAAACUCGUUAUAUGUUGCUCUUAUGGAUGUCCAUAAUUGUAAUGAUACCUUUUCAUAUGCACCGCUUAGAUGAUACAACUGAUGAAAAAUGUGAAAAGAAACCAGUUAUGCAAAGAAUCAUAGAUGUUAUCAAACUAUAUUUGAGUGUGAGUGAUAAAGCCAGAGAUUCUGCUGCAUUCUUAGCUGCCCAAUUUAUAACAAGACCUGAUGUUAAAGAUGCUUAUUUAGGAGAAUAUUUGGAUUGGUGCUUGAAAGUAAGUGAUGUAGAACCAGUUUUAAGCUUGUUAAAUGCUCAAGAUCCUCAUGAUGCCUCUACGUGGGAAACUCGUUAUAUGUUGCUCUUAUGGAUGUCCAUAAUUGUAAUGAUACCUUUUCAUAUGCACCGCUUAGAUGAUACAACUGAUGAAAAAUGUGAAAAGAAACCAGUUAUGCAAAGAAUCAUAGAUGUUAUCAAACUAUAUUUGAGUGUGAGUGAUAAAGCCAGAGAUUCUGCUGCAUUCUUAGCUGCCCAAUUUAUAACAAGACCCGAUGUUAAAGAUGCUUAUUUAGGAGAAUAUUUGGACUGGUGCUUGAAAAUGCUCAUCUCUAGUGAUAAUCAAAUCAGUUUGCAGGCUGGUAUACUUUCUUCGUUAGCUUUGAUUUUCAAACAUGGAAAAAGGGAUGAUGUUAAAAUGUAUGGUGCUCCUGUUCUUCAGAAAAUUCUUGAUUGUGGUUUUAAAGACAGUGGAAGCUCAGUUGUGAGAAAAAUGGCUCUAAAAGUUAUUCAAAGAAUAGGAUUAAGUUUCCUGAGAAUAAAGAUUGCGAGUUGGCGAUAUUGCCGUGGUAAACGAUCGCUGACUGAUAAUCUUGCUUGUGGCGAUGUUGCUCAAAAUAAUCCGAGUGUUGAUGAGUCGAUGGAAGAUGAAAAUUAUGACAUUCCAGAUGAAACUGAGGAUAUUAUUGAACAACUUUUAGUUGGCUUAAGAGACAAAGAUACCAUUAUUCGGUGGUCUGCAGCUAAAGGUAUUGGACGAAUAACAAGUCGAUUGCCAAAAGAAUUAGCUGAUGAUGUAGUAACUUCUGUUCUUGAACUAUUUAGUCUUAGAGAGAGCGAUUCUGCCUGGCAUGGUGGUUGUCUUGCUUUAGCUGAACUAGGUCGGAGAGGACUUAUUUUACCCCAGCAUUUAGAUAGAGUUGUGAGUGUUGUUCUGAAAGCAUUGAUUUAUGAUGAACAAAGGGGUAAUUUUUCUGUGGGGGCUCACAUCAGAGAUGCUGCUUGCUAUGUUUGUUGGUCUUUCGCCAGAGCGUAUGAUCCUGCAGUUCUCCAACCUUAUGUUAACAGCAUUGCUGGAGCUUUGUUGAUUACAACCAUAUUUGACAGAGAAAUAACCUGCCGUCGAGCUGCAUCAGCUGCUUUUCAAGAAAAUGUUGGCAGGCAAGGAACUUUUCCUCAUGGUAUUGAAAUACUUACAGAAACUGAUUACUAUGCAGUGGGGUCCAGACAAAAUUCUUUCCUAAAUUUAAGUGUUCACAUUGCUCAGUUUCUUGAAUAUACUUUGCCACUCGUCAAUCAUUUAUUGGACCACAAAGUUAACCAUUGGGAUCCAGCUGUGAGAGAAUUGGCUUCAAAAGCUCUUCAUAACCUAACAAAUAGAGCCGUCUCUUACAUGGCAAAGACUGCUGUUCCUCGAUUGUUGGAACUUGCAGUUGGAAUAAAUCUGAAUGCUCGACAUGGAAGUAUACUCUCUCUUGCAGAAAUAAUCCAUGCUAUUUCUCAGGAAAAGGAUCAAAAUGAAACUAUGACUGAUAUUUUAGGUGCAGAUGUGAUAGAGAAACUCAGAGCUCUUGUGUUUAUCUUAGAUGAAAGAGGACUUUUUAAAGGUUUAGGUGGUAUUUUAAUGAGGAAUGCAAUAUGUUUGCUUUUUGAAAAGUCCUCCAUCUCUGCAUUGCCCUUUCAUGAAGAUAAAGACUUGAUUUCAAAGUGGCGAGAGAUGUUGGAUAGCUGCCUUAAACAUGCUGAUGUUUCUGUUAGAUCUUCUGCCAUAUCUGCCUUACCUCAUUUCAUUAGGCAUUUCUUUUCUAAUGACAAAUCCUAUUGCUCUCAGCUAUUGAAGAACUAUUUAGAUCAGUUAGAUUCUACACACAUGGAAACAAGGUGUGGGUUUGCCCUUGCUAUUGGUGCCCUUCCAAGUUUUGUUUUAGGAGAUCAUGUGUCUGAUACUAUUGUUAAAUUGUCCAAAUGUGCUGAAAUUACUGAAGAGCAUUUCAGCUGGGCUGAAGUAAGACGAGAUGCUAUAAAAGCUCUAUCUCAGAUAGUAACUACAGUUGGUUUUGGUGCAGAAAAAAGUGAAAAUGACUACAUGAAUGUAAACUAUUUAAAUGUGGUAUUUAAAACCUAUUUGAGUGGCACUCAAGAUUAUACUUUAGACAGCAGAGGUGAAAUUGGAGCUAUUGUAAGAGAAGCAGCCAUGACUGCUAUACAGAAACGUCCCAACUAUGCAACUAGCAAAAGUGCCCUUCCAAGUUUUGUUUUAAGAGAUCAUGUGUCUGAUACUAUUGUCAAAUUGUCCAAAUGUGCUGAAAUUACUGAAGAGCAUUCCAGCUGGGCUGAAGUAAGACGAGAUGCCAUAAAGGCUCUAUCACAGAUAGUAACUACAGUUGGUUUUGGUGCAGAAAAAAGUGAAAAUGACUACAUGAAUGUAAAUUAUUUAAAUGUGGUAUUUAAAACCUAUUUGAGUGGCACUCAAGAUUAUACUUUAGACAGCAGAGGUGAAAUUGGAGCUAUUGUAAGAGAAGCAGCCAUGACUGCUAUACAGGACACUUUGUGUUUGGUGAUAAAAGAAGACAAAGAACUAGUCUCAGCAGAUUUAAUCAAAGAAAUUUUCUCAACCAUUUUGCAGCAGUGUACGGAAAAAAUUGACAGAACCCGAGCAGUUGCUGGAGGAGUGUUUGAGACACUUUUAUAUUGUUCACCAAAAAUUCCUCACAUUCCAUUUCAUGAAGAAUUAUUAGAUAUUUUCAAUCAAGAUGUUUGCAGUGAAAUCAACUGGGCUUCACCUGGUGACACGUUUCAACAUUUUGUUAAAGUUCUCAAUUUUCCUUGUUAUCGAAGAAAUCUACUUCUUGGUUUUGUUGUAAGCGUUGGUGGGCUUACUGAAUCUUUAGUCAAAUUCUCAAGUUCAGCCUUAGUUUCCUAUCUCUUUUCAAAGCAAUCAGACUGUGAUCAUCUUCUAAAGUAUAUAGCUGAUGAACUCAUAAGCAUCCUCAAAGAGAAUACUCAAAACGAUCGUAUCAUUGUGCCUUUUUUCAAAAUGGCGAACCAUCUUCUCUUGUCUGGCAUUGAAUUUUCAAGUGAGGAAAAACCUUCUUUUCAUAUGCAACUGAUGGAUUUGGUCUGGGAGUGCUCUUAUAAGUCCAGGGAUCCUCAGAAGAUAAUUGCUGCUGUGGACUUGUUUUGCAAUUUGCUGCAGUUCGACGAAUAUAUUCAGAAACGGAUUCUGAAUAAAUUAAUGAUCUUCCUUUGUCACCGUUUCCCACGCGUCAGAAAGGUGACGGCUUCCCAAAUGUAUGAAGCAUUUCUUACUUACGAUGUUGUGCAAGAUGAAGAUGUUGCUGGCCAAGUGUCUUCAAUUCUUUGUGAUACAGAUUGGAAUAAGCCAAUCGAUGAAUUGCGUCCUGUGAGAAAUAGUCUCUGUGAGAAACUAGGGCUUGAACCACCAAGAACAAAAGCAAAAUAGUGCUACUUCAAAUUAGCUUGAAUUUUUAUUUUAAUUGGGCCUUCUAAUAAAAUAGCAUAAAGCUAUGGUUCAAUUUUGAAAAAAAUAUUAAUUUCAUUUUAACUUUCUUGUCGAUUUCUAUCUCUCAAAAUUAAAAUGGGGAAAUAAGGCUAAUAUUUUCUGCAGCUUUUCUUAAAUUAGCUUAAACUUAGAAAAAUUAUUUAUCAAAAUUUUUUUUUAAAAUUGUAUUAUCACCUGUGGUUUUUAUUUCAUUGUAUAAAAAUUUUGCAGUUGCAGAACUUCUGUGACAAUGUUUACGUUUCAAGAGCAAUUAGCAGUUGUUUCAGUACCGGAAACAAUUUUUUUAAUGAAAAACCAAUUUUUUUUUAAUUUAUAAAAAUUUAUUAAAUUUUUAUAUUUUUCUCUAAAUUCAAAGAAAAGGUAGAAAAUAAUGCCUCUUAAAUUUGCUUCCUUCUAUUAAAUUAAGAUCAAACAAAAACCAAUUUUUAAACUUCAAUGCAUUAAAAGGGAAGCUUUAAUUUUUUUAUUCAAAUACAAAAAAAUUAUGGUGUAACGCUUCUGGGUAAAUUGCGUUAAUGCUAUCGAGUUUCUCGACACUGUGUAAAAUGUUACUUUUGCUGUAUAAUUUUUUUUAUUCUGCUUGUUUCUUACUUUUUGUGUAUUUUUUUAACUUUAAAAAUGUUAUU